ACUACAGAAUUGGUUUGUAAGAGCCAAGGAGUUUUCUCUGUAAGGGCGGCCGGUGAUGCAACCGCCCUUACAGUGCAUUUUCCAUCAGCACUAGGCUAGUUGAUCACGAGCCGCCCUUACAAAUACCACAGUAAGGACGGCUGGUAACACGAGCCGCCCUUACAAAUGAUUGCAUUUGUAAGGGCUGUUGUUGAUCCAGCCGCCCUUACUGUGGGAUUUGUAAGGGCGGUUCGUGAUCCAGCCGCCCUUACAAACUUAUUUCUAAGGGCGGUUGGUGAUUCAGCCGCCCUUACAAAUCACGACUGUAUAUAUGGCUGCAGCCUUCUUCCUCCUCGGGUCACUCACUCCAACCCGAGGAGAUAAGGUUGGGAGGCCUUGGGCACCUCCUAAAAAUUGCUCUAGUGAGGGGAGGAGGUUUUGGUCUCAGAAACUAUCAUGGGGAGCUUAGAAAAGACGGAGUACAGGAACUCUUGGAUGUAUGGUUGGUCAAGGAUUGAUGAAGGUUUUCGCGAUGAGGUGGAUAAAUUUAUUGAAGCCGCAGAGAAGCAUGCAUUAACGUUGACACAUUAUAAGGAUACAAUUAUUUGUCCCUGCAAAGAUUGCAAGAACCUUAUGGCAUUUGCAGAUCUGAAUACCAUUAGAUCACCUCUGAUUAUGCGAGGAUUUGUUCCGAACUACACAGUGUGGACUCAUCAUGGCGAAACAACGGUUAUUGAUGAUGGCAACUUUGAUCUAGGAGAUGCCGCCGAAGCCGAGAGGUAUAUGCACCAAUACACAACUGAGCUUGAAGAAGAAAUGGGCUAUGACUAUGGCAAUGGACAAGGUGGUCAGUACUUUGGCAAUCAAGAUGGUGCUAAUGAUGUUGCUGAUGUCGGCACUGAUGGAGGAGCACGCGAGGGGGAUGAAGAUGACUUUGACAAUUUAGAGGACAUGAUUCGGGCGAUUGGACCAGAAAUAUUACUGCGGAAUAAAGGUGUAGAAAAAUUGAAAGAUGCAAAGCUGCCCGACUCCGCCGCCGGCCACCCCCUGCGCUCCUCCUCCCUCCAGCCCGACGGACCUCCUCCCUCCUCCCUCCUCACUGGCGGCCCUCCACCCUCCUCCCCGCUGCUGGCGCCCGUGCUCGCGCGUGCCGGCGCCCCACGGUUUGUUCCAGAUUUGGUCGUCUGGAGGUCUGAGACGCUGUCUAUUUGUGCUGCUUGGGCUUCAUUGUCGUCCACGCCGUCUACGAAACGAAAUACAAUUCCAGGAACAAUCUUGAGUACGGAAAAAGAAGAGCUCGGCGCGGGAACGUUGGUGUCGGAGAAGAGCUCGGCCAGAGACGAAGAGCUCAGCGCGGGGACGUCGGUGCCGGAGAAGAAGAUCGAGCUCGGCCGGAGAAGAAGAGCUCGGCGCGGCGGCGCUCCGUACGGUCCUCAGCUUGGGCCAGGGAUGACGGGUGGCAGCGGCGGCGCUCCCUGGGCUGUAGACGACGGCGGCCGGCCGGGGACGAGGGCGCGAGGCGACGGCGGGGAGCGGCGCGCGGCGGAGAAAAAUUAG